CCACGAAUAGCAAAUUACUCUGUUCUAUAGGGACUUUGCAAGGUAAACUGCGGGGUUCCAACAGCUGCUGGGGUAACCCUCAACACCGAAAUCAAGCGCGUCCUCAAUUCUUCUCGCUGACUCCCAUAAGCUGCUCCUCUGCAGAAAGUUAACCCCGCGUCGCCACCGCGGAAAGUGGGGCAACCCAAGCUUAUUUUGCCUAUCAGCAAAAACCUUUUGUAUCCAUUUCAGGCCACAGAACAGACAAAACGCCCUACCCAGCUGUUCUGAAGUUCUGCGGGGAGGAAGAAGCGUAGCUUCUUUAUACUGCUCUCUCAUCCGCUCAGGGUACCUGGACGCKGGUGGCGCGCGACCAGGGCCGUGACGUCCCCGCACCUGGCAACAGCCCUAGGACCCGUGCUGGGUAAAAACUCCAGCACAUCGGGGGCGGGGCCAAGAGAACGAGGACGUUCUCGCGAGAUUUCCCUCAUCCAGGCCCAUUUCCCCGCACCUUCCCGGCUUCUGUCCGGCUCUUUACCUCAGUCUUUGGCGUCGCCUUGUAGGACGCCGGGCCCUGAGGGAGCAGCUAGGGGCGGGUUCUGAGGCUGGGCGGGCGCUCGGGGUUGGAGCUGGCGGCCUGAACGAACCAGCGGGUCCCAACUCCUGCGGAAGCGACAAGGGUGGGAGAGCCGCCGUCUGGGCGCGCGGGGGGAGGGCUCUCCCGCCGCCGUGGCUUCGGCGGAGGCCAGGCGUGAGGAGCUGCCAUCGUCGCUGCCUCACGGGCCGCGCUGAACAGACUGGCCGGAUACUGCCGCGGGCGGAUGGAGGCGCCUGCACGCCCCACCUGAGCUUAGGAGGGGCCAGAGCCGAGCGCUGGGCCCGCCUCCUGUCUCAGGAGCGCCCGCGCGAGCCAGCGGAGGAGGAGAGCGGGUGCCGGGCUUCUUCCCGCAGGAGUCCCCAGCAUGGUUGACUAUAUUGUGGAGUAUGAUUAUGAUGCUGUGCAUGAUGAUGAAUUAACUAUUCGAGUUGGGGAAAUCAUCAGAAAUGUGAAAAAACUACAGGAGGAAGGAUGGCUAGAAGGAGAACUAAAUGGGAGAAGAGGAAUGUUUCCUGAUAAUUUUGUUAAGGAAAUUAAACGAGACACAGAUUCCAAGGAUGACAAUUUACCCAUCAAACGGGAAAGGCAUGGAAAUGUAGCAAGUCUUGUGCAAMGAAUAAGUACCUAUGGACUUCCAGCCGGAGGAAUUCAGCCACAUCCACAAACCAAAAACAUCAAGAAGAAGACCAAGAAAAGGCAGUGUAAAGUUCUUUUUGAGUACAUUCCACAAAAUGAGGAUGAACUGGAGCUGAAAGUGGGAGAUAUUAUUGAUAUUAAUGAAGAAGUAGAAGAAGGUUGGUGGAGUGGAACCCUGAACAAUAAGUUGGGACUGUUUCCCUCAAACUUUGUGAAAGAAUUUGAAGUGACAGAUGAUGGUGAAACUCAUGAAACUCAAGAGGAUUCAGAAACUGUUUUGCCUGGGCCUACCUCACCCUUACCCUCUCCAGGGAAUGGGAAUGAAACUGCAUCUGGAUCAAUUGCUCAGCCAAAGAAAAUUCGAGGAAUUGGAUUUGGAGAUAUUUUUAAAGAAGGCUCCGUGAAACUUAGGACAAGAAUAUCCAGUAGUGAAACAGAAGAGAAAAAAACAGAAAAGCCCUUAACCAUACAGUCAAUAGGAUCCAAAACGAGUGUGGAGAUAACAAAACCAGAAACUGAAGGUAAAAUUAAAGCUAAAGAAUACUGUAGAACAUUAUUUGCCUAUGAAGGUACCAAUGAAGACGAACUUUCUUUUAAAGAAGGGGAAAUAAUCCAUUUGAUAAGUAAGGAGACUGGAGAAGCUGGGUGGUGGAAGGGUGAACUUAAUGGUAAAGAAGGAGUAUUUCCAGACAAUUUUGCUGUUCAGAUAAGUGAACUGGAUAAGGACUUUCCAAAUAAAGUAAGGCUGAGCCAUGCAUCAAUGACUAAGAAACCAAAGAAACCACCACCUCCUGCUAAGGGUCCAGCUCCAAAGCCUGAUCUCUUAGCUACAGAGAAGAAGUUUUUUCCUGUGAAGCCCGAAGAAAAAGAUGAAAAAACACUGGAACAGAAACCUUCUAAACCAGCUGCUCCACAGGUCCCACCCAAGAAGCCUACUCCACCCACCAAAGCCAAUAAUUUAUUAAGAUCUCCUGGAACAGUUUACCCAAAGCGACCUGAAAAACCAGUUCCCCCACCACCUCCUAUAGCCAAGAUCAAUGGAGAAGUUUCUACUGUUUCAUCAAAAUUUGAAACUGAGCCAAUAUCCAAACCAAAGCCUGAAUCUGAACAGUUGCCACCUAGACCAAAAUCAGUGGACCUUGAUUCAUUUAUAGCAAGAAGUUCUAAAGAAACAGAUGUUGUAAAUUUUGAUGACAUAGCUUCCUCAGAAAACUUGUUACAUCUCACUGCAAAUAGACCGAAGAUGCCUGGAAGAAGACUGCCUGGUCGCUUCAAUGGUGGACAUUCUCCAACUCAAAGCCCAGAAAAAACUUUGAAGUUAUCAAAAGAAGAAGAUAGUGCCAAUCUAAAGCCAUCUGAAUUUAAAAARGAUACAUGCUACGUUCCAAAGCCAUCUGUCUACCUUUCAACACCUUCAAAUACUUAUAAAGCAAAUACAUCUGCUUUCCUAACUCCAUUAGAAAUAAAAUCUAAAGUAGAAACAGAUGAUGGCAAAAAAAAUUCCCUAGAUGAACUACGCGCCCAGAUUAUUGAAUUGCUGUGUAGUGUAGAAGCACUGAAAAAGGAUCAUGGGAAAGAACUGGAAAAACUGAGAAAAGAUUUGGAAGAAGAGAAGGCCUUGAGAAGUAAUCUAGAGAUGGAAAUAGAGAAACUGAAAAAAGCUGUCCUGUCUUCUUGAAGUGUUCCAGGGAUUCAGAUACAACAAUAUGAACUUCCAUUGACUUGUUACUUAAAAAUAACAAACGCUGAUGUUGUGAUAAUGAAAUAUGAGUAUAUGARCUAUAUUAUCUAUUAAAAGUUAGGGGGUGGGUGUUUUUUUUUAAUAUAUAUAUAUAUAUAUAUAUUUAGUUUUGCCAAUAUGAAAAAAAAGAGGCCUUAUUUCUUACUGUGCUGGGAUUGCAAACAUUAUUUUUGUUUGUUUGCUUGAAAAUACUACUGAAUCUGUAUAAAAAGGAAAGAAAGUUCAUAAUUUUUUAUUGAAACUUGUAGUAUUAUUUUUAAAGAGAUCUAUACUAUAAAUAUGGUGAUAUCUUUACAAGUAAUCUGUAAGAUAAACUAUUUGAGAGCRACAAAUUAGCUUUAUAGUAACUGUAGUCACUACUUUUCCCAUGAUACAUUAAGGGAWAUAAACUUUGUAAAUAUAUACAUAUUUUUACUUUUAGCUUCUUACCCAAGAUUACACUGUUUUGCCUGUUUGUCUGCAGUGCUGUUUUUAAUUUGGGUGAUGAAAUAGGAGUUUCCUAGCUAUAAAUCAGAUUACUCACCCAUGCAUACAGUAAUAACUAAUGAAAUAAUAAAAACAGUUUCAACUUUGAGUGUUUUAUAUUGCUUGCACUAUAGGAUUCAUAAAAGGAAUUUAGUUAAAAUGUAAUGGAUUGUUAAACAUGAGCUUUAUUAUAAGUUCAUUAAUUCUAAGGAAUCUAAAAACAUCAAUUUAAUCCUUUACUUGUGCCUAGAAACUACAGCACAUAUGAAAUAGUAAACACCAGCCUUAUUGCUGUACUUUCCUGCUUGUUUUGCAGUCUCAAAUAUUUCAUUAUCUUUAGUUCUUCAUACUCUUCCCUCUGACUUUUAAUAAUGUAAUAUUAGGAAAACAAAAUCCAAAUCUUUUCAGAACCUCAUGUAAGGCUUCAUACUGGGACAAGUUGUCAUUAUGUAAAUACUCAGGUUUUACAGUGUAUAAUUUCCAUAAUAGGCCAAACUAACUCCUGGAGAUAUUUUGGAAUGUUAUUUAGGUUAAAAGUUUAGAAAGGGUGUUAGUAUAUCAUAAAAUAUAACAUUACAGCUUAUUUAAACCAAAUAUAGUUGAUCAUAUUGAAAACCACAUUUUCACAGAGUGGGUGAAUCAGCAAUUUCUUCAGAGUCAUUUAUGAACAGUUGAACAUUUCAGAAUGUUAUAUUCUAUACGUAAUAUGUCUAAAAACUUAUAGGUUUAUUUAAAAUUUUGAAAUUUUUCAUUUGAAAAAUAAAAAGGCUUCCAGCUGUACUAUAGGAAAUGAUUUUGAGUACCAAGUUAUCAUGCUUCCUUUUUUUUUUUUGUUUUUGUUUUAAACCACCCAAUGUUUUUUCUUUACAUUUUUUAAAUCUCAAAAGUAUGGAAAUCUUGUGUAAAUGAAAUUCUUACUGUUUAAAAAAGAUAUAAAAAGAACUGAAGUAGAAAAUAAUAGAAAUGCCAGUACACAAUUACUUAAUAUUUAAGUCACAAUGUUUGGGCUUUGGGGGAAAGCUAAUUUUGCUUUUUGAGUGUGUACAUUUUAACUAUUUAAUGUCUUUGGGCUCUUCUAAUGAGAUCACUACUGAACAAAAUUGUUCCUUUUUGUUUUUAAAUGAUUAGUCAAAUGAAUGAUUGCCUUGUUAAAUAAAUUAUAUUAUCAAUUAAUGACAGUCCUUWGGUAAAAAUAAAAAUACUGCAUCCUAGAUACCAUAUCUUCCAGCUUUCUCAUUGGAAGAUGUACUAAGUUAUCCCUACCUACCAUAACAAUGGGGUGAGAGAAGGUUCCAGCAGAUUUCAGGUUAUUCAUGAAGGUUUUUGGUCAUUUUUCUGUAGUAUAUUUGACUUUCCUACUUCUCAGAAUAUAAAACUCAUUGAAGUUCUCUCUGCUUUUCUACCCUUGACAAAAUGUAAGGAAAACCAAGCAAGCUUGAAAUUAAGGGGAAAAUGAUUCCUUUAUCAUAGUUUACCAGUAUUUGCUCUUGAUAUGAAGACUUUCCUAAAUUUCAUGUCACAAAAUGGUAUGUAAUAGUAAUAGCUUUUAUUGGAGGUGAAACAUUAGUUCCCACACUCCACUCCCUAUUUGUGAGUAUAAAUGACAGAAAAGAUGAGUCUGUURUUGCCAAAUUAUUAGUGAAUAUAUAGUUCAGGUUUGCUAUGCUUUGAAACACAUAAUACUAAUUUUCUAAUUGUAUUCAAUGUUACUUUUUUGUGUUGUGACCACUAAGCUUCUGUCUUAUAAAGCUGUUACCUCUACAGAAUUUUAUAGAACUUUACUGAAGAGUCUAAAAAUGCAGAGAGAGAAUGGGUCUUGUGGAACAGAGGAUCCUUUUUUUUUUUUCUUUUUAAAAUUAGCUCCUUACUGUGAUUACAGGGGGAAAAAAAAUUCAAGUGCUCUGUAAGUUUUUUGGUAAAUUUUUUAUGCUUGCAUUUAAACUUGAAAUGUAUGAGCAGAAUGAGACAAUCAGUUAAAAUCCAAAACGAGAAGUGUUAUAAUUGAAUGGCCUUGUUUUGCUGUAGCAAUAAAAUGACCAAGUGCAAUGACUUAAUAAAAUCAUCUUUUUAAAAGUUGCUGCUAUGAAUAUUUUUAGCUAUAAAAUUUUAUCCUUGUUUUAGCCUGACUUGCCUUUAAUAACUAUUAUAUAAUGUGGUUGCUGUUGUAAUCUAACAUUCCAACACACACACACACACACACACACACACACACACACACACACAAACAUACACGAGGAAUUUCAGAAUAGUAUAUUUACUGACUUGUUUACAAGUGUUGUAAAAAAAAAGGAUGCUUUUUCCUCAAAAUAAAACUCAAUAAUAAAAGAAUC